AUGUCAACAACCACCGCCCCCUCAGGCCCCCAACCCACCGCCCCCACCACCAACAACCCCUCCCAUCCAACCCCCUCACAACUGCAAACCGCCCUCGACAACUCCAUCUGGUACCUCCUCGCCCUCUGGCAACCCCUCCACAUCGCCGUGACCAACACCUGGGGCGGCCCAGACUCCAGCGACAAACGCGACUGGAUGGCCGGCGCCAUCUCCGACCUCCUCACCACCCGGCCGGAAACAGACCAGGAAGACCUGGAGAUGUUCCUCUUGCAGAUCAUGCAGGAUGAGUUUGAUUGCAACGUCGAGGACGAGAGUGAGUGCGAGGUGGCGAUGCAGAUUCUGGGGGUGAGGAGGCGGUUGGGGGACGAGGGGACGCUGGAGGCGGCGGUGGAGGUGGAGAGGAGGUGGAAUGGGAGGGGGAGCAUGAAGGGGAGUGUGAAUGUGCAGAGUGUCAAUCAGGACGUGGAUGAGCUGGGGGAGGGGGAUGAGUUUGUGGAUGGGGAUGGGGAUGAGGAGAUGGGCGAGGCGGAGGCGCCGGCGUUGGUUCCUGUGCAGCCCAAGGAGAAGGCUAUACCUGAGGUUGAUGAGGAUGGGUUUACGAAGGUGGUGGGGAAGAAGAAGAGGUGA